AUGCCAGCAAAAAGAAGCAAGCGCCCUCCUAAACACGACGACGAAAGUCUUAGUGAAGAUGUCGAUGACGACACAGAAGAGGCAAUUGCAUUGAAACCCUCCACAAAACGACCGAAGCCUGAUCUAUCUGAACAAUGGAUAGAUAAGUACGAACCUACUAAGGUUGAAGAGAUCUGCUUGAAUCCAAGGAAGCUCAAGGAGGUCAGCGAAGCGCUUAAUGAUAUUAUCGCCAAAAAGCUGAACUGUCGACUUCUUGUUUUGUCAGGUCCAGCAGGCUCCUCCAAAUCCACCUGUGCUAGGCUUCUAGCGAAGAGGAGCUUGAGUGAAAAACACACUUUUUCAGGCAAUUCCAAACCCUCGGCUGGUACGGUCGUGGAGUACUUUGAUACAAGCAUCGAGGAUGUGUACCAAAUGGAUCAAUUCCGAGAUUUCAUGGAUGGAUGCAAAUUCUUGGUAGGAACGAAUCUCUCAGUGAUUAUUAUCGAGGACUUGCCAAACAUAUUUCACAAUGACACGCUCCAAGCGUUCAGAAGCUGUCUUCGUGACUGGAUCUUUCUGGACUCCGAUGUGGACCUCCCGCCCAUCAUACUAUGUCUCCUGGAAGUGGAGAGAGAGAACUCCGAUUCUGGUCAGAAGACCUACUACAACAUUGAAAACAACUUGACCGUCGAAACGCUCCUAGGCAGAGAUCUCUUCAACCAUGGAGCUGCUCAUGGCCUCAUCAAGCUGAUAAAAUUUCUUCCCAUAGCGAAAACGUUUAUGAAGAAAACCUUGCAUAAGAUCAUUGGCAAAGAGUCUGCCAUUUUCAGCACCAAGCCGAGGCUGGAGGUGGAGCAAUUCGUAGCUGCUACAAUAGAAACUGGAGACAUACGAUCGCUGAUAUGCAACCUACAGUUUUGGAGCAGCAAUGCGUUGAACUCAUUCAGCGAGCGUGAGAGUCAGAUAUCGCUCUUUCAUGCUGUGGGUAAGGUCAUACACUCAAGUUCCAAAUUUGCAGAACUAGACAGUCAAGUCUCGGAUAUGCUUUCCCUCAAGAUGGUGGCUGAUGCAUACAGCAAUUUCGGACUUCUUCAUCUCACACUCUUGGAGAAUUACCAGAUCGUGAAUGGCGGUGACUUUGAUGUCGAUAUUGCAGCACAAGUUGUGGAUGCCUUGAGCUUGAAUGAUACUCUCGAGGAUGUUGACGAAAGUAAAGAGUACGGGAUAAUGGCUACAAGAAUGAGUCUACGGCAGAUACCUGUAAAGUCAGGUCGGACACAACCUAUGAAGUUCUCCCGACAUUUUAAAACGAUCAGAGAGUCCAACAAAGUGAAACGAGAGGUUUCAGACUACACUCGGUAUAUCACGCGGCUCCAACUCCCCUUCCAGCAGGCCAACCUAAUCGAUGGUUGUCUCCUUCCGAAGAUCUAUAAUCUGUUUCGAUACAAGCUUCUCCACGGGCGUUCUCGGUACAACUAUAACCGACUUGGUGGUACUCUAGCGCAGAUCUACGCUGACGACGAGUUACCUGUCAUGGAAAACGAAGGUGAGUACGAGGCUGGUGCUGAGGACCAGUUCAGAUGCGAUGUACGACAAAAGAUCAAGGAAGAGGACCAGGAAGAUGGUUCAGAUGACGACGAAAUGAGCGAAGAAGUGAGUGACUCCGAUGGAGAACUCGACGACACAAUAGGCGACGAUUUAGACGACUUGCUCGGCAGUAUGCGGAAGCCUGUGGACGAGAAUCUACUGGACGACCCCGAGCUCGACUUGCUAGUGUCGCAGGGGAUGCUAUAG